AUGUCUUAUUCAGAGGCCUUUUGUAAUGAGGCACAAGCUUGCUCAGCUUUAUGUCAACAACAACAACAACAACAACAACUAAAUCAUCAACUAAUACGACCACCACCAGUAUUGCAACAACACCAACACCAACAGCCACCACAACCCAUCUCCGUCCCUGUCUCUGUUUUGGAUUCAACGGUCACGAUGGAAAGUGCGUGUUCAUCGUAUUUAUCGACACCCACAUCAGAAGAUUGGCAGUCGGUCUAUGCGACCGUGUCGUGUCCCAUUUCACCUUGUUUACCUAUGCCUUCUUCUUCUUCUUCUUCCACUCUUGUAAAGUACGAACCUGGAACAUGCUGUAACUGUCAGAUCAUGCCUUGCAUGGAAACACUGGCCUCCAGUCCAAGACCAGGACCCCAUUCAGGUCACUCUUCAGUAGCCGUUGUAGGACCUCCGCCACCACCACUUCAAUCGUCACCGCCUCCAACCACCGCCUCCUCCACAUCCGUGACCGACUUUACUCCUACCUUUUACAAUCCUUUCGAAAUCAAACAUCGACGACGUACGUCGCGCGAUCAAUUCAAAGUAUUGGAAAAAACAUUUUUGGACAAUCCCAAGCCAAAUGCCACUGUACGACGAUGGCUGGCCCAAAAAUUGUCAAUGACGCCACGUGGGGUACAGGUCUGGUUCCAGAACCGACGGGCCAAAGCAAAAACACAACGGCAACAACAGCAGAACCAGCAACCACCACCGCACUCAAAGCCACGUUCACCAAUGAUGCUCGCGCCCAAGUCGGGGAUGCAUUCACCUCAAUCGAUUGGUUCCAUGGUGUCCGAUCAUACGAAAAUCGGAUCAUCCACCGAUAAGGAUCAGACGGAUCCGACGCACCAAUCUCUGGUCUCCGUGAAUGUGGGGAAUGACAGUGCAAGUCAGCUGGAAAAUGCAAUUCAGGGACUCCAAACGCCACAAACUCCCCAUCAUCCUUUCCUAUUGGCUCAUCACGCUACUCAGAGUUUGGACACUGUGGUACGGUUGGAUGAUCAGCAUUCGUUGCCGUCCAAUCAACCGCCCACCAUGUGGUUCUCCGAGCCUGGGGUACAGGUCUUGGAAAGCUAUGAUUCACGCGGUUGGGAAAAUGGAACAGGGCUGGCUUCGACGGGGAUGUUGGGGCCUGCAUGGUCGUGGAUGAAUAGCCGACCGUAUUACAAUGUGGAGGAUUGGAUCCAAACCCUACCUUGCCAAGUAAAACAAGGUGACACAGCAUAUCCAAUGCCGGAUCCGACCCCGAACCUGAUCUCAGUUCCCAACUAUAUCAUGACGAACGUGGAAGAACGACGUCGGGCCAAUUCUGCAACGUUACCGAUCAACAUGAUUCCCCAGUAUGAGCAGACCAUGCGACGAUUGUCGGAGCCAAUUUAUUGUCAAGAUUACUAUGAGGAUGCUCGAUUGAUAGAACGGCAGAACAACCAUUGGAUGGCGGCUGCCAUGCCCAAACUUUAA